CACUUCUCUCCGCCAUCUACAACACCUUCUUCUUCUUCUUCUCCUUUCAAGAAACAAUAAUAACAAGCUACCACGGUAUGGCGAUAAAGAGAUCAUCAAAGCUAGCACAGGCAGCAAUGCUGAAGCAAAUCCUCAAGAGAUGCUCGAGCUUGGCCAAGAACCAAUGCUAUGACGAGGAUGGCCUGCCUGUAGACGUACCAAAGGGUCAUUUUGCGGUCUAUGUGGGAGAAAAGAGGAGCCGUUACAUCGUACCAAUCUCCUUCUUGACUCAUCCCAAGUUCAAGAGCUUGCUUCAACAGGCAGAGGAAGAGUUUGGGUUCAGUCAUGACAUGGGACUCACUAUUCCUUGUGAAGAAGUUGUCUUCCGCUCUCUAACAUCCAUGAUCAGAUGAGAGAGUGGGAGACAAAGAAAGAUCUUAUAUAUACUAUAUCAAUUUUUUUGUUACCUUUGGAUGAAUAAUAUUGUGAUUCCAAAGUGUUUUUUUUUCCGAACUAUAAACCUAUGAUGAUCUACCCUUUUGUGUGGUUGAUGUCAAACCUGGGUUUUAGUUUGUUAAUUCCUAAGUGUAGCACCCUAUAUAUGUUUGUGUUUCACAUU